AUGUGUUGUGGAGGGUGUGCCAAGUGUCUUGGAGUUACUCUCAUUCCUUUAAGCAUACUAUGCGUUCUCGCCAAUAUUCUCUUAUUUUUUCCUGGGGGAACAAUUGAAAUUAGUGACAAUAUUUCAGAUGAAGUUUGGUACUUUGGAGGAAUUUUGGGUUCUGGUGUGCUGAUGGUGUUUCCAGUUUUGGUCUUUUUGGGCCUUAAGAAUAAUGAUUGUUGUGGAUGUUGUGGAAAUGAAAGCUGUGGAAAAAGAUUUGCGAUGUUUAGUUCUAUAAUAUUUGCAGCAGUUGGAAUUGUGGGAGCUGGUUACAGUUUUAUUGUGUCAGUUGUGGCUUUGAACAGAGGCCCGAAGUGUAAUACUGAUAGAAACAAUACUAGCAUCUGGACAUAUCCAUUUUAUAACGGGGAAUACCUUACGGAUCAUAAUUUAUGGGACAAAUGCCAGUCCCCAGAAUCCAUUGUGCCCUGGAAUCUAACACUCUUCUCUCUGCUGCUGAUAAUGAGUGGAGUUCAGCUGGUCGUGUGUGCCAUUCAGGCAAUCAAUGGUCUCUUUGGAGCUAUCUGCGGAGACUGCAAAUGUUGUGGGUGCUGUGGGGGAAAUGGAACAGUUUAAAGAAGAUGAUUGCAAU